AAAUUUUGCCGAAAGAAACAAUCUUUGAGUUUGAUUUCUUCUUCCUUCCUUCUCUAAUGGAUUCCAGAGAUACCCCACCGUCACAUAACCAGCUUCAACCACCACCGGGAAUGUUAAUGUCUCAUUACCGUAACCCUAACGCCGCCGCCGCAGCAUCAAUGGUUCCUACUUCCACAUCUCAAUCGAUUCAACAUCAUCAUCGUCUUCCUUUUGGCAAUCAACAACAACAACAAUCUCAAACGUUUCAUCAGCAACAACAAAUGGAUCAGAAGACUCUUGAAUCGCUUGGUUUUGGUGAUGGAUCGCCUUCUUCUCAACCGAUGCGAUUCGGGAUCGAGGAUCAGAAUCAGAAUCAACAACUACAAGUGAAGAAGAAGCGAGGAAGGCCAAGAAAGUAUACUCCUGAUGGUAGCAUUGCUUUAGGUUUAGCUCCGACGUCUCCUCUUCUCUCUGCAGCUUCUAAUUCUUAUGGUGGUGGUGGUGGUGAGGGUGGUGUUGGAGAUAGUGGUGGAGGAGGAGGAGGAAAUGGUAACUCUGCUGAUCCUCCUGCUAAACGAAACAGAGGAAGACCUCCUGGUUCUAGCAAGAAACAGCUUGAUGCUUUAGGAGGAACUGCAGGAGUAGGGUUUACACCACAUGUCAUUGAAGUGAAGACAGGAGAGGACAUAGCGUCAAAGGUGAUGGCUUUUUCGGAUCAAGGGCCACGAGCAAUUUGUGUUCUUUCUGCGAGUGGUGCGGUUGGUAGAGUGACGCUUCGUCAAGCUUCUCAUUCUAGUGGAAUCGUUACUUAUGAGGGACGAUUCGAGAUCAUUACUCUCUCAGGCUCGUUUUUGAAUUAUGAGGUAAAUGGUUCCACCAACAGAAGUGGUAACUUGAGUGUGUCUUUGGCUGGACCCGAUGGCCGGAUUGUAGGUGGCAGUGUAGUUGGUCAGCUAGUAGCUGCAACACAAGUCCAGGUCAUAGUAGGAAGCUUUGUUGCGGAAGCAAAGAAACCGAAACCAAGUAGCAUUAACAAUGCUCGGGGCCAGAAUCCUGAACCAGCUUCAGCGCCAGCUAACAUGUUGAACUUUGGAUCAGUCUCUCAAGGGCCAUCGAGCGAGUCAUCAGAAGAGAAUGAGAGCGGUUCUCCUGCAAUGCACCGUGACAAUACUAAUGGGAUUUAUGGAGCUCAACAACAACAACAACCCCUUCAUCCUCAUCCGAUGCAAAUGUACCACCAUCUUUGGCCUAAUCAUGGUCAAUAAAAUGGACUUGCUCCAGAAAUU